AUAUAUAGCCGUCUCUGAUCUAAUGAUCUCCAUCUCCUUCUUCCUCCAAUGGCUCCUUCCACCUACCUUGCAUUGUUUAUCUUUCUCUUCCCUUUUGUCUACGCUUCUGGUUCCCCGUCGUCCCUCUGCUCUUUCAAAUACAUUUACCAGUUCGGAGAUUCUCUCGCCGACACCGGAAACUUAAUCCGCAUUCCCGGCGCAGUUUCCACCUUCCACGCCGAUCGCCUACCUUACGGCCAAUCCUUCUUUCACCGCCCGACCGGUCGCUACUCCAACGGCCGCCUCAUUAUCGACUACAUCGCCGCCGCACUUCAUCUUCCUUUAAUUCCUCCUUACCUGGAUUUCAACGCUUCGUUCACUCACGGCGCUAAUUUCGCGGUCGCCGGAGCUACGGCGCUCGAUCAAGCGUUCUUCGUCGAGAAGAACAUUAGCAUCCCGUCGUUCCGGCCGCCGCUCAGCGGUCAACUACGGUGGUUCCAGUCGCACCUCAACUCUACCUGCCACGCGCGGUCGAAGUGCGUGAGGAGGAGGCUUCGAUAUGCGUUUUUCAUUUUUGGCGCGUUUGGAGGUAACGACUACUCUAGCGCCGUGUUCCGCGGCAAAUCCCUUGAGGAAGUUAGGACGUACGUCCCGGAUAUAGUUAACGCCGUUAUCCGUGGGGUUAAACGGGUCGUCGGACUCGGAGCUAAGCGGGUGGUGGUUCCGGGCACGUACGCGUCCGGAUGCUUGCCCGUUUUCUUAACCGCUUUCGGAAGCUCCGACCCGAAAGCCUACGAUGAUUUGGGAUGCCUGAAGAAAUUCAACGACUACUCCUCCUAUUACAAUAGCCAUCUUAGGAAAGCUGUUUCUGCGCUCGGCGAAGAACUCCCCGGCGACACUGUGAUCGUCUACGCCGAUUACUACGGCGCUCUCCGGUCAGUUCUCCGGCGGGGGUCUUCUCUCGGAUUCGAGAAGGAAUCGUUGCUCAAAGCGUGCUGCGGAAUGGGAGGGAAAUAUGAUUUCGACGGCAAGAAAACGUGUGGAUCGGAGGGCGUUCCGGUUUGCUCUAACCCGGACCGGUUUGUGAGCUGGGAUGGGACACAUCUCACACAACACGCCAAUCGUCUUGUUUCGCAACUUGUGAUUGAUCAAGUAUUUAGAAAAAUGAAAUGUGCAUAAACGGAGUACUUUU